AGGACACUUCCAGCCCUGUAGAUCUCCCACCCCCAUUUCCUCAUGGGCCCUUUCAAGGUUCUCCCAAAACCCGCCCUCAGCAUCUCCCCAGACCCUCAUGAACCCUCCCAAGCUCUUUGGGGCCUUUCCGUUCCCUCAUCAGGGUCGUCACAGAAUCUCCCGGCCCCCAAAAUUCAACCCUCUCAGACCUCCACCUUCCCCAUUCCUGCAACCCUUCCCUAAAUCCCUCAUGGACAUUCCCCCCCAUUCCUUUUCAGAACAUUCACAGACCCUCCUAGCCCCCAUAAAUUAACCCCUGCUCCAGUCCCUUGGGACCACUCCCAGACCCUUCCCGUUUUGUCGGGACCACCCCUAAGUCCCCCUCAGAGCUUCCCUCAGGCCCUCCUGAAUCCCCUUCAGAACCCACUCAAACGUCUCAAUCCUACCCAAGGUCCCCAGUCCCUUCAAGUAUCCCCUCAAACCCCCUCAGGAUCUACCCAAACCUCUUCAGAGACCUCCAAUCCCCUAAGGACCCCUUCAAGUCCCCUUCAGAGCCAGCUUAUCCAUAGAGAUGCUGUGCUUAUUAUUAUAAAGUACGCAUUUUAAAUAAGGAUGGGCAGUUAUUCCUGUAAAAACUUAAUUGUUGUGUCUUUAUGUGUUCCCAUGUGCUUGUAUCUUGUUCCAGCUGCAGAAACAUAAGGAUGUUAUUUUAAACUCUCUAAAGCAUCCUAAAGCCAGUGCUGUUUGGGAUAUCUGUGUAAACAUGGGUUUAAUGUUAUCAGAAAUAAAUUUAAAAUGCUUUCAGUAUUCUUUCUCUUUUUCACUAGGAAGAUGGCCUGCUGCAUCUUUAUUAGUUAAGAACAGAUGAAACCUUCUGCAAUGAGCAAGCGUAAGGUAAAGGAGAGCAGUGAAGAAAAUGCUGUGUCCAUUUCCCAGGUGCAAAAAAUCUUACGUGAAAGAUUCUGUCGCCACUGUGCUUCUGGAAAACUGUUUGGGAUGAAGCAGCAGUACAGACAUUUGCUGGAGCUGCUGAAAAGAACCACGGUGCACGGGGAGAGUAAUUCCGCCCUCAUUAUCGGGCCCCGGGGAUCCGGGAAAACUGCGUUAUUAAAUCAUGUCUUAAAAGACCUCGGGGAAAUGAAACAAGUGAGUGAGAACCUCUUGGAAGUCCAUCUGAAUGGGCUUCUGCAGACAAAUGAUAAAGUGGCCCUGAAGGAGAUCACCAGGCAGCUGCAGCUGGAAAAUGUGGUUGGGGACAAAGUUUUUGGCAGUUUUGCUGAAAACCUUGCCUUCCUCCUUGAAGCUCUGAAGAGAGGAAACCGAACCAGCAGCUGCCCAAUUUUGUUUGUCCUGGAUGAAUUUGAUUUGUUUGUCCACCACAAGAACCAGACCCUGCUCUACAACCUCUUUGACAUCUCCCAGUCUGCACAGACCCCAGUGACAGUCAUUGGACUCACCUGUAGGCAGGAUAUCCUGGAGCUCUUGGAGAAGAGAGUAAAGUCAAGGUUCUCCCACAGACAGAUAUAUUUGAUGAAUUCCUUUGAUUUUAAACAAUACAUUAAGAUAUUUAAGAAACAGCUUUCUCUUCCUGCUGAAUUUCCCGAUGAGUCUUUUGCACAAAAAUGGAAUAAUAAUGUUCAGCAUCUCUCAGAGGAUAAAACUGUGCAGGACGUGCUGCAGAACCUGUUCCAGCACACCAAAGACCUGCGCUCGCUGCAUUUGCUCCUGAUGCUGGCCGGCAGCGCCGUGACCGUGCACCACCCCCUGCUGACGGCUGCAGACCUGCAGGAGGCCAGCAGGCAGCGCAGCACCGACUCCAAGGCAAACAUUGUCCAUGGUUUGUCUGUGCUGGAAAUCUGCCUCAUCAUAGCCAUGAAACACCUGAAUGAGGUCUAUGAUGGAGAACCAUUCAACUUCCAGAUGGUUUACAAUGAAUUCCAGAAGUUCAUCCAGAGGAAGGCACAUUCUAUGUACAACUUUGAGAAGCCAGUUGUCAUGAAGGCCUUUGAGCACCUGCUGCAGCUGGAGCUGGUGCAGCCCCUGGAGCGGCCGUCAGUGCGGGCACAGCGGGAAUAUCUCCUGAUGAAGCUGCUGCUGGACAGCAGCCAGAUCAUGGAUGCGCUGCAGGCGUACCCCAACUGCCCCACGGACGUGAAGCAGUGGGCAGCCUCCUCCCUCAGCUGGCUCUGAGCUCCCUCAGGAGGGAAUGCUCACCUGCAGGAAGGUGCUCACAGCAAUAAACUGUUGGAAGCAGCUUUCUUUGCUGAUCCAUUUGGGAUUUUCUAGGGAGAAUGGUGCUGCUGUUCCUUUCCAGCAGCCAGAACUGGGCCUCCCUCACCCCCCCAGGUGCUUUAGCUCAGCUCAGUGCCAACUCUGUUCUCACACGGCUCCCACUUGGAGAAAUCCAAGCUCUGGAGUUUCCUCCUGCCUCCCCUCUCCCUGUUCCCCCAUCGGGUCACAGCCCACACUGCAUUUUACCAUCUCAAAUCUGACUUGACAUGGAAAAUUGACCCAAUUAAAUCUUUAAUCACAACUGAAUUUACUUCAUGAAAUGUUUAAUCCAUCAGGCUUCAGCUGCAAGGGCUGUUUUGUGCCAAGUACAAGGUAACGUCUCUCCACACCCAAUUUUUUGAAGCAAAACUCAAGAGUUUGGCUCAAGCCCUGCUCUAGGACCAGCCCCAUGAGUUGAAAAUAAAGUUUCUGAAGAAGCAUUUGCAAGUCAGAGUAGUCACAUUUUUUAUUUUCCCGCUGGGGAAGAGGGCAGAGUAUACAUUUGUAUUUGUACAAUAUUUAACAAUCACUUUAUUGAGGGCGAGGGGGGUUGGUUGGUUUUUUGGCACUCGCAGAAAAGCAGCAAGUGCCUUUUGACAGUAGUACAACAACCUGUGCCCAAAACACUGACAAAUACAAAGAGGAAAGUUAAAGUAAUCGCUCACCAAACUCGAGAGGUAACGAAGAGGAGAUGGACUGAAGAAAAAAACCCAAGUGGAGGGAGAAAGCAAAGCAGUCCUGCUGGUUGAGUAUCUGAGGUAACAGAUGUUCCAUCAAGGAUGCUACUGGAGUCCUGAACCCAGGGGUGUGUUCUGCAGCUUCCUGUGGUUUGUACCAAGUGUUCCUGAUAACAGAAAUGUCUUUGAGAAGGUGAGAAAUGCUGGCCAGAGGAGCGGGGGUGACCUGGCUGAUGGGAGCAGGAGCAGCUCUGAGCACUGCACCGCGGUGGGUCCUGGGCGAGUCCGUGCUCAGGGGGCCCCGGGAAUGGCCCAGCGAGGGCAGCACGGGAUCAGCUGAGGGUGUGGGGUGGGAACUUCCCCCUCUCACACACAAAUCACACCCGCUGAGGCCACAAAGGAAGGGACAACGCCGAAAUCUUCCCUAGCACCACAUUCCCGGGAUCCUGCCCUCUCAGCUCAACUCACUGAAUGCUCUGAAGUGAAGCAGGAAUUCCUUCCCAAGGCCCUGGGGGCACAGCUGGAGCAGAGCAGCUCGGGGAGAUCAUUCUGACCACUGAAAAGCUUUGGGAAGGAGCACCUUUCCUCAGGGACGCUACAUGAUGCUGGUAAAUCCCAGGAAGCUGGGAGCGGAACUGGAACUGGGCAGGGAGAUCCCAAAGGUCGGAGCCAGCCCCGAGCCCGCAGCAGCUCCAGGGGAAGGGUCACACACAGGAGGGGUUUGGAUACAGCUUCAAUUUGUGCCUCAGAUUCCCAGGAGCACGGAAUGAAACCAGCCCUUGGCUCUGUCUCUGCCAGGGAAGGGUCACAGCCCCGAGGUGGCCGUGGAGAAGGACGGGGUUGGGAUUUGUUCAGGACUCCGGUCCUGUCCUGCUCCGUGUGGAGUUUAAUUAAAAGUGGAGCAAAAAUGGAAGCCAAAGGGAAGCGUCCAGCCAAGAGAACGCCACCAACUGGAUUUCCUCCCUUUUCCAGCGGCCCCUCGGAGCAGGAUCCUCGGGCACAGCCCUGGCUGGAACAGCAGCCCUUCCUCCCUCCCUGCCCAGAGCUGCCUCUGCUUUAUCCAUCACAUCCCACUGCUCCAGGGAUGAGGCUCCCAGAUCCAGGUUCCAGCCAGCCUUCAGGAGCUCGCACCUGCUGCUUUCCAGGGACACUGGGGGUGGACACACGGACACAAGGACACACAGCACACCACGGGCCGCUGCCGGCUCUGCGCUCCAGGGGGUCACAACCUUUAUUUUCCUUGGAAUUUGGCGUGAAGGAUCCAAUCAAUGCAGUGGGACAGGAUUUGGGAGAAGCACUUUGGCACCCAGCUACCAGUCACUGUAAUUCCAGCAUAAGGCUUGACAUCCUGAACUCCAGCGCUGGAGUUGUGAAGCCAUUUCCACGUUUUCCCCUCGUUUUUUUGUGAGUCUGCGCUCUGGCCAUCGCAAUUCCUUUCGUUACCUCGGAAUGGUCGUUGCAUAUUGUGAGCAGAACUAGGUUAUCCCUGAAAUUUGUAACGUUUAGGAUCUGGAAUCUGUGGCUAGAACUUUGUGUGUGACUCCAGGCUCAAGCCGUGGCUCACGGGCAGCGAGCGGCGCUCCCCUCCGAUGGCACCGAGCUGUGAGAGGAGGGAAACUGCAAAUCUCCAAGCAGAGGGUGAGGAUUUGGGGGAACUGAGCUUCCUGAGGUGAUCCUGAAACAGUGACACAGCCCCCACUGCCUGGCGGGACAGGGAACACGCGGCGACCUCGGCACAAACAUAAAUAGGAAAAAGACUCUUUUUUUUUUCAAAAAAACAACAAGAAUUCAGAGCUUUCCAGUGUCACAGCUCAGAGAAAAUUAAAAAAACAAACAAAAAAAAAAAGUCAUGCUUAAGGUUUCAAAUAUUCCUCAGACACAGCAAACCUAAAUAGUAUUCAGUUAAAUAAAUGGAUGAGAUACUCUGGGAAACAGAGGGAAAAGCUUUCAACUAAAAGAGG